UUAGAGUACUGUUAGUGUUCUAAUAGAACAUUACUUUUGUAUUUUCUUUUGUAUUCUUAUUUGUUUAGGAGGAAAGUCUAUUGUCUGGUCCAUUCUCCUGACCAGAAGGUGGCAGUAAUGCGCCAAUAAGAUGGAUGCCAACCGUCGUUAAACCACAAGAGGAAGAGGAAGAAGAAGAAGAAGAAGAAAACGACGACGAAAAAGAAGAAUGGUGAACUUUCUGCCCUCUAGUCGGGGUGUGAAUAAUGUUAAUUAUCCCAGAUCUUUGUUAGUUGCUGUACGGAUAAAUCUCUCUCUCUAUCUAACUAUGUUCGACCGCUGAGUUACGGAUAAACCGGUCCUCGAUUGCUUUCCCCUUUGCUCACAGGAAACGGAAGUGAGAAGGUUCCUCAGUCGCAAGGAGGGAACAUAGAUCUCUUUGUAAAAACCGUUACUCUCAGAUUCGUUUCAACUCCCGUUCGUUGAGUCGCUGAUCAUCAUGUCGGACGAGGGGAAACUGUUCAUCGGAGGACUGAGCUUCGACACCACCGAUGAGUCGCUGAAGGGGGCCUUCGAGAAAUAUGGAGCCAUCGACAACUGCGUUGUCAUCAAGGACAGAGAAACCGACAGAUCUCGCGGCUUCGGCUUCGUGACAUACGAGAACCCGGAGGACGCGAAAGACGCGAAAGACGGCAUGGACGGGAAGGACCUGGACAACCGCCAGAUCCGCGUGGACGUUGCUGGGAAAGGAAGUCGUGGAGGUCGAGGAGGCGGCGGGAGAGGCUUCGGGGGUCGGGGCUCCAGCGGGAGAGGCUUCGAGUCGAGAGGCUUCGAGUCGAGAGGCUCACGGGGGGGAGGAGGAUCAUACGGCCGGCGCGACAGCGACAGGAGCGACGGGUACGGUGACAACCAGUACCGGAGCGGCGGGCGCAGCGGCGGAAGCGGCGGUUACUCCAGCUACAGAGACAACGACCGGAGCUCGUCCUAUCGUGACAGUUACGAGUAAACACCGCCCCGGCGCGACGUUCUCAUUCGGCCAGGCUGAGUCAAACAUGCACACUCCUCAAACAAAGAUGGCCGCGUGGUUGCUCAGCUUCGUUUUUUUGUAACUCUGUUUUUUGUAGCUCGAGCAUCUUAAGAAAAAGAGAAAAAUAAUGUAUCUAUGAGUUUUUUUUUGUUCAUUCCUCAAAUAAACCAUGUUACCAAUUCCA